GGAGUGAAUUAUUCAAUCAAAAGAUUAAUUGGUUGUACGAAACGAAAUAAAACUUACAUACAAAAUGACUACUAUCAGACCAUUCACAUGCGAAGACAUGUUAAAAUUCAACAAUGUAAACUUGGAUCCCUUGACUGAGACUUACGGGUUAUCAUUUUAUACUCAAUACUUAGCACAUUGGCCUGAAUAUUUUCAAGUGGUGGAAUCUCCAAGUGGAGAAAUAAUGGGAUACAUUAUGGGGAAAGCAGAGGGUCAUGGAGACAACUGGCACGGUCAUGUGACUGCAUUAACGGUUGGUCCAGAAUAUAGGAGAUUAGGCCUUGCAGCAACAUUGAUGAAUAUUUUGGAGGAUGUCUCUGAGAAGAAAAAGGCAUACUUUGUAGAUCUCUUUGUAAGAGUGAGUAAUAAGGUUGCCAUCAAUAUGUACAAGAAUUUAGGAUACAUAGUAUACAGGACUGUAUUAGAAUAUUAUUCUGGAGAUCCAGAUGAAGAUGCUUAUGAUAUGAGAAAGGCUUGUUCAAGAGAUGUAAAUAAAAAAUCAGUUAUACCAUUGACUCAUCCUGUUCGUCCAGAAGAUGUAGAUUAAUGCAAUGAAACACUAUGAUUAAAAUAGUGAAUUUUAUUUAAGAAA